CGCGGAUGAAAUCAGCAAGCCCCUUAGCAACGCUGUCGGGGCUUCUAUAGACCAGCACAAUUUUAAGUUGCGCGGAGGCAAUACACAGGUUAACUGCGAGUGCCUCAACAUCACCCUCUGAUGAUCUGAAACUAUACGUCUUACAGACAGUAAGUGCGGAGUUAACGUACAAAACAACACCACCUCCGCGCCGAUCAGAGGUGCGGUCACAUCUCAGCAGUGCGUAGCCUGGCAAGCACACUUCACUGUCCGUGACGUCGGUGGACAACCACGUUUCAGUGAAUGCGAGGACAUCUGGACGGCAGUCGUCGACAAGAGCGCCGACUUCGCACAGCUUGUUUCGCAGGCUACGCACAUUGCUUAAGAUCACCUGAAGGGAUUUAACAUUGUGAGUCCGGGAUCGUGCGCCACCAGAACCGGCUCUGGUAGGGCGGAAGUGGACCGCCGGCUCACCACCCGAAAACCCACCAAGCGGAGACCCUUUUCUCCUGCUUCACGGCGGGCUUUAAGAUCCUUCACAGCUUCCCGCAAUUUCAGCCUAUCCGCCAAAGGGAGGUCUGGGUGCACAAUGACACCAGUGCCCUUGAGCUUAAAGGCGAAACGCAGAAGUGCUUGGCGCUCCUCCGGAGUGGACAGAACAACUCGCAACAAGCGAGGGCGAGACUUGUCGGCUGGCAAGUUACCGAGUCUGGUUAGUUUGCGCACAGUCACACCGGGGAAGCCGGGAGGCAGGAGUUUGGUAAUGCAUACUCUAAACCACUUAAGGUCAUCUAGCAUACGGUCUUUUGGGAGAACAGCAGAAGACUCAGUGGCGUUUCUGAAAAUAACACUGCAGUCGGUAUACGAGUCUCCGCGACGCGGAGUAUUUACCGAACGCUCCAUGGACGUCGGUGGUUUCAGUUUAGUGUCCGUUUUUAUAGACUCUAAUGUCGUAGAUGUUUCCAGUUGCAACGAUUCCGUAGUAGUAGAAUUUGAGGGGGGGGAAUGGGCGCCCGACGGACCUCUCAUGUCCGCCUUUGGUUUUGCCGCUUUUUUAACCCUCUUUCGCCUUCUUUUGACAAGGGCAGAAACCUGCUGCUCUCCUUCGCUAACAGCCGAAUCAAACACGCUGUCUGAGGGCUCGUUACUAACAAGGUCUUUGCUAACAGGUAAACUGACAUUCGACAGUAAACAAUCAGAUGCAGGAUCAGACAACUUGCCAGUGUCUUCUACUGUCUCCUGAC